AUGUGGAGAGGAGUGGACUUCAAUCCUCCGGAUGAGUACGAACAUGAAGCUCCUGGCUAUGUUAGGUUAGGUUUAGUCCUUUUGUUUGCAUAUGUAGAGGGCGAGGCUGAGUGUUUUGACGACGUGAAUUACGAGUUGCUCACAGUUGAAGCUUUGUAUAAGCUAAUUGACAAGACUGGGUAUUGUAGGCCACAUAAAUUGUUAUAUCUUGUGCCAGAUGAUGUGGGCACUCCCAAGUUUACAAGGAUUGAAGAUGAUAAAGAUAUCGGUAGACUAAUUGAGAUGAAGACUCCCAACGGGAAAUAUGUCGAUGAAAGGCUGGAAUCGACUACCUGGUGCUCAUAUAGAAGUGAAUCAGAGUUUGUACGGCAUGAGGAUGUUGGGGUGAGAACUGGUUGUGGGGAGAAUGAAAGUGAUGAUAAUUGUGGGUCUUGUGAUGAUCUGCACAGCAUAGCUAGAAGUGAUGAAGAUGAUGAUAGUGAAUGCCAUGAACAAAAAGACCUAGUGUUUGACCCGGAGAAAGACAUGGGGAACUCAAAAUUUCAGCUGCAUCAGCAAUUUGCAACCAAGUGGAUUUUAUUGGCAGCUCUAAGACAACAUGGAAUAAAGGACAGGAGAAAGAUCAAUUUUCAGAAAAAUGAUAAGAAGUUUGUCAAAGGAUACUGUGAGAAUUGCAAUUGGGAGGAAAUAAGAGAUACAGAAGCAAACAUGGCUGCUGGAAGGCCACAUGAUGAAAUACCGCCACUUUGCGAGUGUUGUGAUGAAUAUGGUCACACAGCCGACACAUGCGAAGUUAUGGAUUUUUAUAAUUGGAUGCAAGAUAACAACAUGGACAUGGAGGGUGGUGGUGCUGGCCAAACUAUUGGACCAGAACCAACAAAUGACACAACUGCAGAUGAUGUCAUUUUGCUUGACGAGGUGAUAAACACACUAAAUGCUCCAGAUGAAAGUCAAUUUGAAGAUGAUUUCCUACAGUUUGACGCAAAUACCCCGUACUGUAGUUGGCACAAUGCAUUUGGCCAUUAUACUGACCAUUGUCCUCAGAACUUUGUCAAGUGUGAUUACUGCCCGCAAUAUGGUCACACUAAAGUGGAUUGCCCAGAAUUUGAGUCUGAUUGCCGAAAAAAGUCCAAAUCUGCUGCUGUUGAGGGACUUGGUGGGUCAGUUUGCACCAACUUAAAUGGUGAUUUUCAUGCUGCUAUUCAUGGUAUUAUCAACAAACUCAGGCGGCCACAGAAUGAUCCAAUUGUGGAGGACACUCCAAAUGUUGACAACUUGCAACAUACAUUCAAAGUUUCGCAGGCUGUUAAAAGUUCUGAGCGAUCUACAUCUAUUACGAAACUGGGGCGAAUGGAACAUAUAACUGGUGCGGGUGAUUUGGGUCAUCACCAAACGGGACAAACUGCAGCUAUUACUGCACGGGUCAUAGUCUCAUCUGAGGAACCAGGUGUGUCUCACGUAAUGAAGAAGAAAAAAAAGGCAAACAAAAACGUUUGUGCUCCCAUUAAGAGAAGGGGCAGUGCCAGGCUGAAAGCUGCCCAUGCUUUCAAGAAAAAGAAUGAUGGACUUGGAGAGACUACGGCUGAGUCCGUUGUGUUGGAUGACGAGUGCCCAGAACAAACAAUGAAGCCAAAAUCUACCAAAGCCUAA